GUUCUUGGGAAGGAUCAUCCUGAUGUUGCGAAGCAGCUGAAUAAUUUGGCGCUGCUGUGUCAGAAUCAGGGGAAAUACGACGAAGUAGAAUAUUACUAUUGUCGUGCACUGGAGAUCUACCAAGCCCGGCUAGGACCUGAUGAUCCAAAUGUUGCCAAAACCAAGAACAAUUUGGCCUCGUGUUACCUGAAGCAAGCGAAGUACAAGGCAGCAGAGCAGCUGUACAAGGACAUCCUCACACAGGCCCACGUCAAGGAGUUUGGCUCUGUGGAUGACGACCACAAGCCCAUCUGGAUGCAUGCUGAGGAGCGGGAGGAGAUGAGCAAGACCCCUAACAAUGACGGGACGCCAUACUCAGAGUAUGGGGGCUGGUACAAGGCCUGUAGGGUGAACAGUCCCACAGUAAAUACCACCCUCCGCAACCUGGGCGCUUUAUACCGACGACAGGGAAAAUUGGAGGCUGCUGAGACCCUGGAGGAGUGCGCCAUACGAUCACGAAAACAGGGACUGGAUCCCGUCAACCAAAAAGUUGCCCAACUUCUAAAAGAUGGCGAGACCCAAGAGCAAAGGAAGAAGGGACGGGACAGUGCCCGUAGUAGUGUGAAGUAUGAGAGUGGUACAGAGGGCACAGAAGAAGCCUAAUUAAUGGACACGUCUGCCAUUGUUCCUUCCCCAGCAGUCGGCUGCAGUCAUACGCUGAGAGGACAGAACCCGGCUCUGUCCACACAUCACUGCGAGAUACAAUCCCACUAACAUUGUUACCACGCAACCACAAGGCUCUAACCACCAUAAUGGCCAUCAUCGUCCACUUAUAAUCCACAUGGACAGAACCAUCCCUGACCCCGAUGGUCUAUUAGUAAUUUCUGGGCCCUCUCCCAGGACCCUCUCCAUCACCACUCUGGCACAUUGGGCACUAAGGGUUUACGUGCCAGCAGACAAAAACAGUGCCACCUGUACCCUCUCAUGGCUAUACAGAUGCACGUAGGGCAGAGUAUACAGUGUUACAUAUGGACCGUGCUAGUUUAGUCUUCCAGCCACACGGUCUAGAUUCCAAAAAACUGUUUCUAUGAUGAGUUUUAGGGCACCGCUUAGGUUCUGUGGUGUGACGCGCCAACCCUCUAACCAUAUAACCAUGCGGUCACCUAACCCCGAUUAUGGUUAAUUUAUAUAAACUGUUUUCUUCAGGAAAGACUCUGUCUGCUGUGGGCGUUCUCUGGGGUGACAUGUGGCUGGUCAGGGAUCCGUCUCUUGUCACCCACCGCUUGCCUCAUGACAUCUUCCAUGACUGUAGACUCGAUGUACGAUGGACCCUCCAUUCUGCCUUGUGACAUCUUCCAUGACUGUAGACUCAAUGUACAAUGGACCCUCCAUCCUGCUUCAUGACCUUUUCCAUGACUAUAGACUCCAUAUACGAUGGACCCUCCAUCCUGCCUUGUGACGUCUCCCAUGACUGUAGACUCCAUGUACGAUGGACCCUCCAUCCUGCCUCGUGACAUCUUCCAUGACUGUAGACUCCAUGUACAAUGGACCCUCCAUCCUGCCUCGUGAAGUCCCCCAUUGCUGUAGACUCCAUGAACGAUGGACUCUCCACGUUGUCACCCUCCAUCCUGCCUCGUGACGUCUCCCAUGACUGUAGACUCCAUGUAUGAUGGACCCUCCACAAUGUCACCCUCCAUCCUGCCUUGUGACGUCUCCCAUGACUGUAAACUCCAUGUACGAUGGACCCUCCAUCCUGCCUUGUGAAGUCUUCCAUGACUGUUGACUCCAUGUACGAUGGAAACUCCAUCCUGCCUUGUGAAGUCUUCCAUGACUGUAGACUCCAUGCACGAUGGACCCUCCACAUUGUCACUUCCUCACCUUGACUUUGCCGCAGUACGGCAUCUCGUAUAACCUGGUGCCUUACAGGUUCUGAGAAUACGGGGAUGUGUCAUUGUUGGUUGUUUCCUUAGGAGGAUGAUGAUCUAGAAAGUCUUUGCCAUUGUCCCAGUGGUAAUGAUUGCUCAUGUACAUGACAGAUCUAAUGAUGUACGCUCACUGGCCACUUUUUUAGGUACUUGUCCAAUCAGCCAAUCACAUGGCAGAUACUCAAUGCAUUUAGGCAUGUAGACGUGGUCAAGACAACCUGCUGAAGUUCAAACCAAAGAGAGGUGAUUUAGGUGACUGAUCAUGUCAUGGUUGUUUGUGCUGAGGAUUUCACAAACUGCUGAUCACCUGGGAUUCUUAGGCACAGCCAUCUUUAGGGUUUAUAGAGAACGGUCCGAAAAAGGAAAUAUCCAGUGAGUGGCAGAUGUGUGGAGGCAAAUGCCAUGUUGGUGUCAGAGGAGAAUAGGCAGACUGUUUCAAGAUGACAGUAACUCAAAUAACCACUGGUUACAACCAAGGUCUUCAGAAUACUAUCUCUGUACAACACGUUCAUCCAGCCGUGAAGCAGAUGGGUUACUGCAGCAAAAAAACAAACUGGGGCGGCCACUCCUGUCAGCUAAGAAAAACAAACUGAGGCCACAAUUCACUCAGGCACCAGUAUGUGUGUGUGUGUGUAUGUAUAUAUAUAUAUACAUAUACAUACACACAUAUACACACACGUACAAUAUGAGAGAGAGGGGGUCCAACCCAGGACUAGAGAGGUGUACCUAAUAAAGUGGUCAGUGAAUGAACAUGUAAGUGGCUGUCAGUCAGCUGGAAGUUCCUGCACUAGGACAGAAGGGGGCGAUAUCUAUGUCUGAAUGAGGAGCCCUUAGACCUUGUCACAUAUUAUAGCUCCAAGUGUAUCCUGUCCUACCAGAAAAAGAUAUUGAAGCAAAAAUCACCAGACCUGAGGGAAUAUAGCGGCCGACUGGUUGUGGACUAUCCUCCAGGCUGAUGCCUUCAAGGGAAAGUGUUACCAGAUCCGAGGACACCACUGUAGGUGUGUGGGGUGGAAAGGAUCAAUUACUCCAGUGUUUACUGUGUCAGAGUGAGGUUUCCUAAACUGUUCUGUUCCUGGUGAUCAUGAGCAGGAGUCCAGUGUAUUCACCACAUGGACCGGGUAUAUGGGUCAGGAGUCCAGUGUAUUCACCACAUGGACCGGGUAUAUGGUUCAGGAGUCCAGUGUAUUCACCAGAUGGACCGGGUAUAUGGUUCAGGAGUCCAGUGUAUUCACCAC